CGACCGUCGAUCUGAAGUAGCGCCUCUGCCAUCAUCGAGCACUCGUCCACGAGCACGUACCGAUGGCACCACCACGACCCGCCCUGGCCCAAAGCGAAUCCAAAGCCCGAUUUUUUGAAAGACUCGGUCUGGACGAACGGAAUGAGUUUCAUCGUCGGGUAUAUGCAAUGAUGAAGGAAGAAGCAGUGGAAGGGCGAAGACGGAUGACUGAAAGCCAGGAUGUUCUUGUCCCAUCGUUACGAGGAAAAGAGAAUGUGGAGCCACCAUACAGCAAUGCUCAAAUCAGCGAAACUGUCACACAUCGCGAGAUCCUGCGAAUAUACAGAAUGGCCCGCCCGGAAACAAAGGUGGUCUAUGACCUGGGCCGUGAUACCGAUCGGGUGGAGGAAGAGAACUGGGUGAUUCGGUGGAUGCUAUGGCACGUUUUCAGGUAUCGUGACAGCCGCAAUCGAAACCGAAGACACAUUUCUCCCAGCCCGGAGCGGCUGCAGCCACCACAUCCCAGCAUCGCUGCCGUGACAUCCAGCAGCAGAGGGUCGUCGCAUCUCUACCACGCGAGUAGCGCCCAACAACGACAAAACUACUAUUGGGAUCCCGUCCGAAACCAAUAUGUGUUGCGAUGACGAGCUGCGGGGGCAAUCAAGAUGAUGGCUUCAGGCGUUGGAAAGAAGAUCCAAGCUGGGGUGCUCAUCUGCGAUGGUUUAGUUCAUCAUGACGAACUGAGCGUGGUAUGGUGCGGCUGGGACGCUCCGGGGGAACUUGACAUUCACUCUACCUAAUUGUUGGGCCGAGCCCACGUUUUGAGACCAGCGUAGCUAGACUCCUCCAUUUCGACGUCGCUAUGCCGCUGGCACGACAGCGACGGCGACAGCGACAGCCUCCUGUUGACUCAGGGCGUCACUUUGGACGAGAAACAAGACACCAAAUCCGCCAGCUACAGCCCGCCGCCGCGGUGUGAGCGUUGCACGUGCCGCGCGGGGACACUGACACCACUCUACAAGAUGUCGGUGUGGCUUGGG